GGUAAAGCCACUGUGGCGAGAGCUCCAGGGGCUAUUAACCGCUAACUACUGUGUACAUGUAGCACCGUUUACCUCUUGAAGGUCCAAAGAGCUCAUCCCUGGAUCUCAUCUCAUGCACUCAUUCUCAUUUCCAAAGUCCGGUAAAUCAUUAAAAGCAAGAUCUAAGAUUUAGAGACUUACCAAAGUACUUACCUGUUACCAUUGAAAAUGAGUUAAAAGCAAUUACUUUGUCCUCAUCAUGAGUUCGGAUCUCGCAGCACAAAUCCGUGUCAGCUUACAAAAUCAGGGGUUCCCUAUCCCAUCGCUAGCAUGGAUACAGAGUGCCUUGCCCAACCGGAAUCCCCUACCUCCUCUGCCGGCCCUAGUAGCUACAGUCAAGGCACGUCUACUAGCUGCCGAUCUCACAAAUCCAUCUCUUUUCGAGUCGCCUGUUCCCGCAUUCCCAUCCAACCUGGGCAACGCGGUAGUCAAAGAGACCAAGUUGGCCAAGGACACCCCAGUGCAGGUUCUGGACAUCGACAACCUGAGCAAGAGCAAAUGGGAGCAGGCCGAGGAACUCGAGGCCAUCGCACGGGGGGAACAGACCCGAGGUCGGGAGAUCAUCCGACUCCCCACGGGCAACGAGAACGGACACGGGGAAGAAGAUGGCGCGGGCAACGAGUCGACACCAGCAGCUCCCACGGUACGGGCUGGUGGGGCUCCUAACGCUACCACAGCCAAGGGCACAACGCACCGCCUCGUGCUGCAGGACUGCAAGGGCCAGAAGGUGCACGGACUGGAGCUUAAACGUGUCGAGCGCAUCGGAAUCAACACGCUGAAUAUCGGCGAGAAGUUAGUCCUGCGAAAGGGCGCGACGGUUGCCCGCGGCGUUGUGCUGCUAGAGCCCGCUACAUGCGUCGUGCUUGGUGGCAAGGUCGAGGCUUGGCAUCGGGCGUGGGUAGAGGGACGGUUAGGGAGGUUAAAGGAGGCGGCGGAGAUGGCUAGGCAGGAGUAAAAGUCCCGACUGAGUGUAUACUUACUAGACAGCCCAGUAUAGCUAUUUUUCAAGAUGUCCAAUACUGAUCACCACUUACCUUAACUAAGAGUCUUAAGUAGUUAACUAUUUGCAUUAUUACAAUUACAAACGUUAAUUAUGUUGUAGAUAACGAGGGAACGAGGGUGC